AUGGCCUUUCCUAAAGUGAUAGCAGCGUUCCACGCAUUGUACGAUGUGAUCGGUCUUCCUGGUAAUUUAUUGGUCAUAGUGACGAUCAUAUUGGAAUCAAGAUUUCAUGUGAUGCGUUAUAUUUUACUGGCAAGUCUCGCUUUAUCAGACUUUCUGCUGUUGGUCCUUGUCAACUCAUUCCGCAUCGAGAGCAUAGCACAAGAACAUUGGUUAUAUGGCCAAACAAUGUGUCAUCUCAACCCAUUCUUCAUGAGAUACUUCUACAUUAACACGAUUCUUCACUUGCUCGCAGUGUCUUAUGAUCGAUACCUAGCGAUCGUCAAGUCUCCUUUGACGUAUUAUGGCAACAUUACAAAAACCAGAGUAGCAUUUAUGGCUCUCAUCUGGAUAACCCCGAUUCCGUUUACAAUCGGUCCAUUCCUUGGUUGGGGAAAAUACGUUUACAACCCAGAUGUGUUCUACUGCGAGCACGGUGAAACAGUUAGAGGAAAAAGGGGUAUUCUACCGAUCGUUACCCUUACAGUGCCUUUCCUUUACAUUGUCUUCCUAAACGUUUCAGUAUACAAGACGGCGAGAAGACAAAUAUACAACAUGGAAGUCCAUGUGGGUGGCCAUCAUGAAGGGCUAACCGUAGACGAUCCCUCAGCCUAUUUUGGGGUACUGACCUCCACACAAUUUUAAGACAAAAACUGUAACGGGUUUACAGGCGCCCAUGUACGUAGAAGUAUAGGACUAAGGAAAACCCUAAGAAGUUUUUGGGUAGCUUAUUCAGGUUCCAUAAAGAGCCCAUGGCCUCCUCUUCUGUAACAACAGUGGAGUUGCCAGGGGCGUACCUGACUGUAAGCCAGUUAACUCACGGGCUUAAAACAUUUUUUGGGGAAAUUUCAUUCUCACAAAUAUUUUGACGACGCCAGUGUCGACAACAACUCUGGAAAUCAUUUAGUUGUAUGUGAAGGGUCAAGACGUACUUGCGCUCUACUAUACGAGCAGAGAGGUCCUCUGGGCUCGCGCUUUUCAUGCGUACAGGGACAAGAGCAUCGACACAGACAAGGUGGUUCGGGAGUUCUGCUCCAGGCCUCGGCCUUUCAUUUUAGAAUGCCACGCUUACACAGUUUUGUCUUUGUGUUCAUCAUGAUAUUGUGUAGAAGUAGGGAAAUACAACAUUUAUGUAAAGUGAUUGUAACUCAGUAAAGGACCAACUAAAGUUACUUUACGCCCGGGCUUUACCCCCCUUUAAAUCCCGGCUCUUGUACCGGUGUAAAUUAGUAAGCGCAUACCAGCAACAUUCUCUGGUAGGGGGCUUAAAGCUGGAAAAUGCCCUGGAACGCCCCUGGUUGCUGAAGUUAAAAAUUCCUAGGUUCCUUUCACUAUAUCUUUCUAGUUUUCAUAAAAAUAUCUCUCAAAUUACAGGUCAUGUUUAAGUAAAAUUUUAGGUCUUGAUAUAUUUAUUCGGGCCUCGCUAUUCUUUGGGACAUCACAGUCAAACAUACAAACAAGCGAAACUAAGGCUUGAUGUUCCUUUAAAAUUAAUAUGUUCCAGAUAUAAAUUAUUUUACAAAAGACGAACGCAAAAGUGAGUUGAAAUUUCUCUCCAAAUAUAUCGAAUUGAGUGACAGAAAGUUUGAAGAAGGCACAUGUUAAAAAGACCUUUGAUUCCCAAGAACACUAACAUUUUACUGUCCAAUAAUUUCAAAAACAAUGGCUGAUUUAAAAAGAUCAAGGCUUCUUUUCUUCUUUUGAUUUCCACCCAAUCAAGAGAAAUGUCAAAGAGCUACGCAAUUACCAAUAGUACGAUUGAUCGGACCGACAGCAUACAGAGCGGGGGCAGCUGUGGUGUCAACUAACAUAACUAGUUAUAAUUGUGUUACGACGCCUAAGAGAAUGGAAGGAAAAACCACUCGAGUCUCUUGAUAUUUUCCGGCUAAACUAAAGCUAUAUUUUGGCAAGAUGGUAAUUUAUAUAAAAAAAGAGAGAGAACGAAAACGUUUUUCAGAUGCAGAUUUAGUAAUUCUAAGCAACAUUUCAAUUUUCUUGGAAUGAAUCUCUACCUGGUUCAAGAUAUAGCUCAUUUUACGGGUUACAUGAUUAUGACAAGUCUACAUUAGAAAGGCAAAAAUGGGUGGAAAAAAAGGUUGAAAGAAGAUUAAUUAUAAAUAAAAUAAACGCUGCGUAAUACUGCGACCUAUUUAAUUCCCAUGAAUUUUGAGGUUGUUACUUCUUUCUUCUAAUCGAGCAAAAAAUAAAUUAAGCAAAAAUCGAUAUCUUUCUCAACAAACCGAAGCUAAAAAGGAAUGGGAAUGAGGAAUCGAUAUCAGAAAUUUUACUAAACGUAUUUUACUAGACGUAUGUCCCAUUCACAUGAUAUCUUUAUAAAGUAUUACGUCGUGAAAAAUUAUCAUCUUAAUGACUAAAAGGAUUUCUUUCAAAGUACGGCUGUCUGUGCUUUUGUUACUGUUAUGAAACCACGUUUCCGUUCACUAUAAGACUUGACGAAGCCGAAUGAUAUCGGACCUCAUUAGCUUUUGCCCAAAAUGUUAAUACUAUGCACGCCAACUGUAAAAGCACAUACAUUUAGGAAAUAAUCUCAUUUAUGUCAAUUUGCUCAUAAUGUUAAAGCUUAGUAAAUUACUUAUGAGCAAUGAUUUCAGCCAUGGCCUUUCCUAAAGUGAUAGCAGCGUUCCACGCAUUGUACGAUGUGAUCGGUCUUCCUGGUAAUUUAUUGGUCAUAGUGACGAUCAUCCUCGAAACAAGAUUUCAUGUGGUGCGAUAUAUUUUACUGGCAAGUCUCGCUUUAUCAGACUUUCUGCUGUUGGUCCUCGUCAACUCAUUCCGCAUCGAGAGCAUAGCGCAAGAACAUUGGUUAUAUGGCCAAACAAUGUGUUAUCUCAACCCAUUCUUCAUGAGAUACUUCUACAUUAACACAAUUCUUCACUUGGUCGCAGUGUCUUAUGAUCGAUACCUAGCGAUAGUCAAGUCUCCUUUGACGUAUUAUGGCAACAUUACAAAAACCAGAGUAGCAUUUAUGGCUCUCAUCUGGAUAACCCCGAUUCCGUUUACAAUCGGUCCAUUCCUUGGUUGGGGAAAAUACGUUUACAACCCAGAUGUGUUCUACUGCGAGCACGGUGAAACAGUUAGAGGAAAAAGGGGUAUUCUACCGAUCGUUACCCUUACAGUGCCUUUCCUUUACAUUGUCUUCCUAAACGUUUCAGUAUACAAGACGGCGAGAAGACAAAUAUACAACAUGGAAGUCCAUGUGGGUGGCCAUCAUGACGGUGCUGAAGGCCUUCAACAGCAAGAGAGGAUAUCAAGGCGACUCACGGAUCGUAAGGCAGCUGUUGAUGUCGCCAUCAUCAUCUCCGCAUUUAUGGUGUGCCUUCUCAUAGUCCGUAUCACAGCUCUUUGUCGCCAGGGAAUAGAUGUUCCAGCCGAGGCAGUUCAUGUUACAACGUGCAUUUACUUCCUAAGUACAAUAUGCAACCCCAUCAUCUAUUCCAUCCGUAAACGAGAAUUCCGUAAAGCAGUGAAGAAAAUAUUCAGAAGGGCUGGAGCUUGUCGUGAUUCUAACGAAAACGGCACAAUUUGA